UGCAGUCGCUUCCGGAAGUGCAAGAGAAAUGUUUAGUGUUUUGGUGAUUCUAUGCCUCCUGAGUAGUCAAUUAGAGGCUCAGGAAACGACCGAAAUUCCCACUACAGCACCUAUAAGUGACGAAGAUUUCUUUCCCGAUGUCUUCAAUUCCACUGAUGAUUACAUCGUUGUGACUCUGCCUCCAAAUGCUACGACCGACAGAAAUCCUGACACUAAGCAGAUCGCUUUCCCUCAUGAUCGUGAGGAUGCCUCCGACAAAAGGAGGCCGUGCAAGUGCAAGGGUGGCCUUUGCGCCUGUUGCACAGGAAUGCUAAUGCAGACUCUCCAAACGAAAGGCUGCAUGAACCUGCGCUACAUUCCUGAAGACUUUGCCUUUCACUUUGAGAUGAAAAUGAACGACAUGACAUUGUACAAGAACCGCAUCUCUGGAAAGAAUCCACCGCCAAUCUGCAUAAAUCCACCCAGAAUCGGAUUCAUCGAAGUUUGUGCCAAUUUCUAUGACAUCUACUUCGUGGGCAGAAAUAUGCAUGUGUGUAUGGAAAUGGGUGGAUAUUUUCAAGGAUUUGAACUCUUUACCCGAUCCUUCGAUUGCCUCCGUAUGGGCGACAAAGGCGUAAAAGUCAUGAAACCCGAAGAUGAUAGUUUCCGGCCACAGACAGGAGGAAAUCUUGAGGCUGAAGUGGACGCUGGAGAUGACAUUGAGGACUACGAUGAGAAUGUGGUUAGACGAUUUGACAAGAAUUGAAAGAUCUCUGUUUACAUUUACAAUAAAUCUUGUUACACA